AUGCACAUAACGUCGGGUUUGUCGCCGGCGUCCGGCGAGAUGCUGGACGCCUCCGUUAAUCUUUACGGUGAUUCAGGAGAGCAAUGCGGGUUCUUUGCUAUGGACCACGCGGUCCCAGAAUCUUCACAUACUGUCGAAAUCGAAUAUGUGUACGAGCAGCCUGAAGCUUAUGCGUAUUGUAAUGAUGAACCGACCGAAUUACAAGUGGAGCAUCCAACAACAGAUGUGCCUCCGCAGUCUAAGAAGAGUCAAGUGAAACAACAGACAAAGAUUGCAGAAGAAGAGCCGGAAACUGAUUUGACGAAUCUAACGUGGUUACAGAACAUCACUAAUAUCAUGGCAGUACCACAGUUCCCUAUACCGCCGAUGUCGCCGAACCCUCAAGUGAAACCGCAACCUCAGAACACGAGGCUACAGAAGUUUAAUCAGACAUUAGCAAAGUGCCAGAAAGAUUUUAUGGAGAACAAAGCAGAAUAUCAAAAGAACAGUGAGAAGAAACCACCUUAUUCGUACAGUACUCUGAUAUGCAUGGCGAUGAGGUACAAUAAUGACAAGGUGACCUUAUCGGCUAUUUAUUCUUGGAUCAGAGAGAAUUUCAAGUAUUACAGGAACGCUGACCCCACAUGGCAGAACUCCAUAAGGCACAACUUAUCUCUAAACAAAGUGUUCGUCAAAGUGGCGCGCUCAAAACAAGAGCCAGGCAAAGGAGGCUUCUGGAAACUCGACCUCGCUCAUUUAGAAGGAACUAAGCGAAUUUCCAAUAGACCCCAUAAAAAGAAGAAGAACAAUGAACAAAAACUAGAUCCAAAAAUUGCUGAAGAGAAAAUUGCAGUCGCCAACAUACCUCAAGUGGAAAGUGUAGAUAUUAUAGCUAAUGAAAUCAACCAAGCUGUAACGUUACAUUUGCCGGAAUUCAAUCUUCCAACAUUGCCAGACAUUGACAUGGAGGCCAACAUUGGCGCAAAUGUUAUUGUCGAACCGGUCGCUCCUCCACCACUGAUACCAGAGGAUGAUCUAUCUUCCUGGCUGUUAAAUCCAACUGACUGGGAGGACCUGCAGUUGGAUGUUCUCGACAACUAUUUAGACUCAUGUUUCAAGUAAGUCUCUGUCAAAUAAGGAGUUUAAAACGGGUCGUU